UGGGUGAACGUUAUCCACAAAUGCUAGGGCAAGCCCAUUUCCAUCCUCCUCGGCCUUUGCUAGAUAACCACCAGGCCUAGCACCGAGCAUCACCGAAUCCGCUGUUUUCCCCUCUUCUUCCCCACUCCCCAGUCUGCUCUUCCGACCCAGGUCCGCGCUGCAGAUCCGCCGCCUUCGUCCGUCGAGCACAGGAGGACCUUGGAACCAUGGCGACCAUGACCAGCGAACAAAUGGGGCCACCAGGUUCAGCAUCGCCGACUAACCAUCAGCCCUUGGCGCUUGCUCAGGAUGAUUCAACGAUCAUCAGAAUUCCCUUCAGAGCCAUACUUGGUUUCGUGUUAGCAGAGCUGGGAAUCCCAGAGGCCGAAUACCGUCGCGAGAUAUUCUACGGAAACAAGAUCUGCGUCACCGUGCUCUUCGACGCCUCUACGAUCAAAGGAGCCCCCACCCAUAUGUCGAUAUCCGGAACAUAUUCCACGGACGAUGAAGUGGCAGAGGACACAGCUGCUCUUAAAGCCAUUGAGUCCUUAGAAACCACAGCCAAUGUGGUGAUCAGGGACUACAGUUACGACAAACUGAAACGGCUGGAGGAAGAAUCUGAGCGCCUGAUGGAGCAGUUGGAAGAAGCAAAUUAUUGCAUAUCCAAGCUUGUUAGGGGCUGGCUGCUUGCUGUCAGAUGUGUCUGUUCAUUCUCUCAUAGUCUUAAGCUACUCCUGGGCAAAGUAUCAUGGAUGAGAUUAUGAAUGCGGCUCUUCUCAGUGUCGAAGAAGUGGCUCGUUGACUAAGAUCUGUAGGCAUGCGAUGAGAUAACUUCCGGAGAAGAUCAAAAGCUGCUCUUAGGAAAAGACCCGUUGUAUCAUGAAUGCUAAGUCAUAUGUAAAUUAUUGUACUAAGUGAUCGUGCUAAAAUCGUACUAAAACUGCCAUUUUGCUUACCAAGUGGUGUUUUCCUUGCACC